CCCAAAUCUUAUUUCCAUUUAAAGAGAAAAUCCCAAAUCUUAUUUCCUUUAAAGAAUGAUAAUGCUAUUGUCUUAUAAAUAUCUUCCAAUAUUCUUGCUUUCUCUUACAAACAACACUAGCUAAUCUUCAUCAUUUGAGUGUUUAUGUAUCAUCAAUACAAUGUCUUUCUCUACAACGGAACUUCAAUUCAUGAUGCAAAGUUAUCCAUUCAUGACUUGCAUUUUGAGGGUGAAUAAUCGCACUUCAGGAUGGCAAAAAACCGUGGCCAAAGUCUUCAAAAAUGUUUACGGUAUCACAAAUUGUAGAAUGAAUGGAGAUGGGAUGAUUGAAGUGUCAGGAAAUAUUGAUCCAAAAGUACUUCUAAAAAGGCUAGCAAAAGCAGGGAAAAAAGCAGAAUUAUAUCGGUUUCAAUUUGGUGAAUGUUCAAGCAAUCUUUUUAUUAAUCAAUCUGAUUAUUAUGGACAAUUAGGAUAUUAUUAUGGAGGACAAUUAGAUGGUCGAUAUCUUCAUUACGGAGAUAUUAAUCCUCAAUUAAAGCAAAGCUCCAAGAAAAAAUUCCAAUAUUUAGAUAAUGACACCAAAUAUGAAUGCACCGUAGCAGCACAGGCACGGGAACGCCGCCGUCGGGCUACGGUGGCGUCAGCGGCUGAUGAAGGUGUCUCCGGUUGCUGUUUGAUGUGAUACACAGUUGAUGGUUAUGAAUUGUUAUGCUAUAUUUUUUUGUUUUUGCUAAUAAUUAUUAGUGAAAAUAGAGCAUGAGUGAAAGCAUGUAUAUCUUGUUUUUAAUUUGAUGAUGAUACUUGAUAUCGUUGGAUUUCAUUUCUUGAUUAACUUUUGU